AUGGCGUACGAAGACCCAGACAAGUUCAUCUCCGACAGCACCCUCUUCUUCCUCCCCGGCGCCAUGAUCCUCUGGCUCCUCAUCUUCAUGAUUGUCACCCUCAGCUACAGCGUCAACAGCCCGCCCAAGAUCAUGCCCCGGGCGGUGAACCUCGGGCUCGUGGGCGUCGCGAGCGUCUUCAUGGGCCUCUGGCUGCUGGGCCUCAUGGUCUGCUACUGCCGCGGCACGUUCCUGAAGGGCCGGUCGGGACGGGACGUGGCGCCGAAAGCGCCCGGCUGGGGCGAGGACAUGGAGAAGAGGAUGUUUUCCAACCACUUUAUUCUCAGGGAAUUCCAACACAACCACAGCCUCUUGGACAACAGCAGCCCCUUCCACAACAACAACAACCUCAUCCAUACCCAGUACAACCAGAACCUGUGCGUCAUUACAAGGCCUUCCAACCACAAGCUCAGCAGCAAACCCAACAACAAGCCUAUCAAGAUGGUUUACGACGCCAUCAAUCAAGACCCAUGCCUGACGGACCGAGGGACAUGCCCCCGUCACAACACAGAUCUCGCAACCGCCAACCGUCUCCCGGCCGUGCAAACCGAUACCCACCUCUCACGAGCGGUUACAACUACAGUAUCCAGAACACCCCGAUUAUGA